AUGAAUGAUGCUGGGUUGAGUGAUAUUGAUUUGGACAGUUGUGAGGUUUCCCAGGCUGACAAAGCAAAGCUGGCGAGUCUGCUUUUAGAGUAUAGUGACAUUUUCUCAAAAGACUCCCUUGACUGUGGAGAGGCCAGAGACUUUGUUCACAGGAUUCACCUCUCAGAUGACCGUCCUUUCCGGCUCCCCUACCGGCGUAUCCCACCAGCACACUAUCAGAAGCUAAGGCAAGUGUUGAAUGAAAUGGAGGAGUGCGAAAUCAUCAGAAAAUCGAUGAGUGACUACGCCUCCCCAUUGGUCAUGGGCCUGUGCAACAGUCCGGCGUCCUUCAUGAGGAUGAUGCUGAACAUUUUCGGUGACUUGAACUUUUCCAGUCUCUUAUUUUACCUGGACGACCUGCUGUCUUUUGCACCGUCUGUCGAUAUGGGGCUUGAGCGUCUGAGGACUGUUUUCAGCCGCCUGAGGGCCAACAACCUCAAGUUAUCACAGAAAAAGUGCCACUUUCUGAGACGGUCAGUUAAAUUUUUGGGUCACAUUGUAGAUAAUACUGGAGUCUCAGUGGACCAGGAGAAGGUUGAUGUUAUUUCGUCCUUUGAGAAAACUGAUUUGAUGGAGUCGGAUGGCUGCACCCCAUCCCAGAAGAGGAUACGGUCGUUCCUUGGUAUGGUCUUAUAUUACCAGCAUUUCAUUCCGAACUGUUCCUCCAUUGCAAAGCCUUUGUUUUGUCUGACUGCAGGUGCUAAGCGUAGGGGAAACAGGGCGAAACAUGGAAGGGGCAGCACUUUUCGUCAGCUGACCCCAGAGGACUGGACGGCAGUUUGUGAUGAUGCUUUUGCAGAGCUGAAGAAUGCUUUGGUCAGCUGUGUGGUUCUCGCCCACCCUGAUUUCGACAAGCCGUUUAUCCUCUCGACAGAUGCAUCACUUGACGGCUUGGGGGCUGUUCUUUCGCAAGUCCAAGAUGGAGAUGCCAGGGCGAGGCCUGUAGCAUUUGCGAGUAAGUCACUCAGUCGUAGCCAAGUCAACUAUCCUGCACACAGGCUAGAGUUUUUGGCGUUGAAAUGGGCCGUCUGUGAUAAGUUCAGCCACUGGUUGAAGGGCAGCCAGUUUACAGUGUGGACGGACAAUAACCCGCUCGCAUACAUCAUGACAAAGCCAAAGCUGGAUGCCUGUGAACAGCGUUGGGUGGCCAAAUUGGCCCCUUACAAUUUCAGGAUCAAGCAUAUUCCAGGCAGGUUAAACGUGAUUGCUGAUACGCUGAGCAGAGACCCCUUUGUCAAGCCACUGGGCCAGCGGCUGCUAUCAGAGCCAUACACGGAUCUGCUUAAGUGUGCAAGUGAUGUUGCAGACGGAUUUGUCCAAGAUGUUUUUCGUUUGACCAGCCAGCCGCAGACACUGACCUAUUUGGCUGGAGUAUCAUCUGGCUCUAAGGCAUCCCUGUCUGAGGCUGAGGUGUCAACUAUGCUGGAGAGUCACAGUGACUGGGAAUCUGCUUCGCGACUCAGGGCUAUGUCGGCAGCAGAGCACCUGUCUGAGGUGGUGAAAGUAGGCCUGCCCGCUCUGCCUGCUAUGUCACUACAGGAGUUGCAGUCACACCAGCAGCAUGACCCGUCCAUUGCGGCAGUGCUACCUUAUGUGGUGAGGAGACAGAGACCGUCUUUCCGUGAGCGUUGCAGAGAAAACCAGUCCGCUCUUCGGUUACUAAGGCACUGGGACAAGCUGACCUUGAGGAAUGGUGUUUUGUAUCGAGUCAGUAAGGACACGCUGACAAACCACAAGCGAUUUCAGUAUGUUUUGCCUGAGACACUGAAACGUCAAGCCCUAGCUGGAGUCCACGACCACGCUGGUCACCAAGGUCAGGCCCGCACACUCCAUCUGACCCGUCAACGGUUCUUUUGGCAUGACAUGGAGAAGGAUGUUCGCGAUUAUGUCAAGAAGUGCGGCAGAUGUAAGGCCACAACAACAAGUCUGUGGAUCUUCUGGUAA